AUGGGCGAUGCUUCUCCAGAGAAGAUCAACUCAUCCCAAGGGACAGGGGAAGGGAUACCCCCGGCCUCAGAGCCUAAUGUCUCGCGGUCCAGCUCGACAUCUGGUCAGUUUUUCCCCGCGCGAGAGAGAAGUCAUGCCAUGAUGUAUGCCACUGGGCCGUGGUCGUGUCAUUGGGGAGCAUACCCGUUGAUGAGAUGGCUUGAUAUUACAGGUUCUACAGCGGCCGACCAGUACGCGCGAUCAGGUUAUUCGGCCCAUCCUUCGAUCACAGGCUACCCAGCUUCCGGACGUUAUGGUCCCCCAUCUCCUCUAAACAUGGGCAAUAUGACCUACUCGCUCCCGAGCCACCAGUCUCAGUCCUCUCCAUUCGAGGCCCAGCAUCUCGUCCCUCAAUAUCCUCCUGUCCAUGCCCAGGGUCUCAUCAUCCGGGCGUUGCUCAGCAUGUUCCUGGGCCCUAUCCACCGUAUAUGGCAAAUCCUCUCGAUGCAAAACAUAGGGCCGAGCCAAGGCCCUGCCUAUGGCGCGGCCUAUUACCACCCGGGAUACGCGGCGUCCUAUAGACAUAGUGCCCAUUCGGGAACUGGUCCAGUGCGGCAGACGGUUUCUCAAUCCCGACACGGGAGUGUCUCGCAGGGACCGGGACCUCCCGCGGCGAACCCGGGAGCUACAAUGAAGGACGCCGACAAGCGGGCUAUGGUAGAAGAGUACGACGUAUCGAAGACGAUUGUGGAUGGCUCCAACCCGAUGAGGCUCACACAGCCCUCAUCCAACUCACCUGAUCCCACUCCUUUCUCUCACUCGAUUCCAACCACUCCCAACACUCCCCGCGGACCACCGCGAAAACCCAAACAGUCCGGCCAUGCCCUGUGGGUGGGCAACCUCCCGCCCGGGGCUAGCGUGGUGGACUUGAAGGACCAUUUCUCUCAGGAUGCGACCAACAGCAUUGAAAGCGUGUUCCUUAUUUCGAAAAGUAACUGUGCGUUUGUGAAUUACAAAUCCGCUGCCGCGUGUACGGCCGCCCUCGCCCGCUUCCACGACUCCCGAUUUCAGGGCGUCCGUCUCGUGUGCCGUCUCCGCAAGGGUUUUACAGCCCCAGGUUCGGGCUCAGGCCCCGGCUCCGGUUUGGGGGCCCGGUCUCGUCUCGAGGAGACGAACGAUCCUCCUCCUGGCGACGAGGCGGCCGUCGUACCGGAGGUCAUCACUGCGCCGCCGGGCGCGGGGGCUCCCCGCGGCCUGGAUCGCUACUUUAUCGUCAAGAGUCUGACGGUCGAGGACCUCGAGCUCAGCAAGCAGAGUGGUAUCUGGGCGACGCAGACGCACAAUGAAACCAACCUGAACCAUGCAUUCGAGAAUACCGACCAUGUUUACCUGAUCUUUUCCGCCAACAAGUCGGGCGAGUAUUUCGGCUACGCCCGCAUGCUCUCGCCCAUCAGCGACGACGAGGAGCUAGCCCUAGAGAUGCCGCCCCGCCCGGAGCCCCUCCCCGGCACCGAUGAAUUGGAGGUGACCGCGACGGCAGCCACCUCGACCGCCCCCAAGGGCCGGAUCAUUGACGAUUCAGCCCGCGGCACGAUCUUCUGGGAGGUGGAGUCAUCGGAAGAAGAGCACGACGAAGACGAUUGCAGCGAGGAAAGUGUGGACGGCGAGGACCCUGGUGGCGAUCCAGGUCUUGGUGCUGGUCCCGGCCCUCUUGCUCCUGGCUCCGCCGGUGAGGACGAGACUGAGGGCCAGUCGUUCGGCAAGCCCUUUCGCAUCCAGUGGCUAUCGACGGAGCGGGUGCCCUUCCACCGCACGCGCGGGCUGCGCAAUCCGUGGAAUGCCAACCGCGAAGUGAAGAUUGCCCGUGACGGCACCGAAAUCGAGCCGACCGUUGGCCGGAAGUUGAUUGCUCUGUUCCACCUACCCUUGCCCUGA